GUUUAGAAUGUUUUGAUCAAUGCGAUUUAUUCGUUUUACAAAGUAAAUCUUUACUAGUAGUUAAACUUUAAAAUGUUGAAUUCUCGUAGGAUAAUAAAUUACUGUUAUUCAAAAUCCAUAUUAAAUGCCAUUAAUAAUUCUCAUGGAAAACGUAAAUUUCAUAGUGUCGAGUUAAAUGAUAUUCCCAAGAUAACCGUGACAGAUAUUCGAAAGUUAUUGAGGCAAAAAGGGUUUCCUGUACAAGACGGCUUCACGUCUCUAAUAACUAAAUGUACAGUAUGUGCCGGGCAGAGUACGUGUGGCGAGAGUAAAGUAUACAUUAACAAGACCACUGGAUAUUUUUUAUGCCCCGCGUGCAACGUGCACGGCAACUGGAGCGUGCUCGAGAAGCACGUGCGGAAGUGUAAGACGGCCCAGGCCACGCGGGAGCACAUUGACCGGUGCCUGCAACAGAAUGCUCGUUUCCAGGAGGAUUGGCUACAACGCGUUAGUAAAACGACGUCUUUAGCUGACCUGACCGUACCACAACUAGAGGACUUAUCCAACUUGUUUGAAUUUACUACAUGUUUAACAAACUGCAAUGCCGGCAAGGUUUUGUCAAACAUCAGAGUGUCCGAUGACCGGACUACACUGUAUUUUCCUUUAAAAAACUCUAUGGACAAUGUUGUGGGUUAUCGUAAAAUGCAGGCGGGCAAGGAGGAGGAAGAUGAAAUUCAUGGCUUAGCUUCUGCUGGCCUGUUCUGGUGCAGACCUACUAAAGUGAGCCGCGGUGAUCAAGCAGUAAUAGUUACUAGCAUUAAUGACAUCUUGCAUUUAUCUGCUCAAAAGGUGCCAGGCACACAUAUAUGGUUGAACAGCGGUAGCCUGCCUCCAACAUUGCUUCCAGCCCUUGAAGGCUACCAAAAGCUGUGUCUUUGGGGAGAUUGGGAGAACAUGCGGGACAUUGCUACCAAGUUAGGUGAAGACAGGUGCUGUUUUGUAAGGCCGACAGACGGGCUCGUGACCGCGUCGGAGGCGGCGCGGGCGCAACUGUCGCUGCGCGCGCUGGUGGCUGACGCCAAACCCGCAGCGCACCGCGCCAUCACCACCUUCGCCGCGCUCCGGGACGAUGUCUAUGCCGAGCUCUCCAACAUCGACAAGGUGCGGGGUGUGAAGUGGCGGCGAUUUCCGGCGCUGACGCGGCUGCUGGGCGGGCACAGGCGCGGCGAGCUCACCGUGCUCACCGGCCCCACGGGCUGCGGCAAGACCACGCUCUGCGCGGAGAUGUCGCUCGAUCUCGCGCAGCAGGGGGUGACAACAUUGUGGGGCAGCUUCGAGAUCCGCAACUCGCGGCUGGCGCGCACCAUGCUGCAGCAGUUCGCGGGCGUGCCGCUUGAGCACAACCUCGACCGCUUCACCGCCUUCGCUGACGACUUCCAGAAACUGCCCAUUUACUACCUGGCCUUCCACGGCCAGCAGCCCAUCAAGGUUGUUAUGGAGGCAGUGGAGCACGCGCGCUAUAUGCACGACAUCAGCCACGUGGUGGUGGACAACGUGCAGUUCAUGCUGGGCCUGGGCGAGCCUGAGGGCGACCGCUACGCGCGCCAGGACGCCGUCGUGGCCGCCUUUCGCACCUUCGCCACCGCGCGACACACGCACGUCACGCUCGUUAUGCAUCCCAGAAAGGAACGGGAAUCGGAUGAUCUUUCUACUAGUUCAAUAUUUGGUAGCGCCAAGGCGUCUCAAGAGGCAGACAAUGUUCUUAUUAUUCAGGACAAACGUUUAACAACAGUGCGCGGCAAAAAAUACCUCCAAGUCGCAAAAAAUCGGUACAGCGGCGACCUUGGCAUCGUACCGUUGGAGUUCGACAAGGACGCGCUCAGCUACCAGGCCAAGAAGAAGAGCAAGGCUAAGUCGGACGAGCCCGACGCACUGCUCCAGCAGUGCUUCGACGAGUUAGCGGUGGAGCCGCGAGGCGGAGCGGCCCGCCCCCGCUCCGCUCGCCCUCGGCCCGGCGAUUCCUACUUGAGCGACAUUCUUAACCUCAAUAGGACACGAUAGCGAUCUGACUGUGGGGUCGUCUAGGUGCCAGUGCCAGGUGACGAGGCAAUCAUAAUCACAUGCGUGCAUUGCGCGAAGAGUUAAAUUAUUCCUGAAUGAAUUCUUCAUUCUUAUGUAGUCACAUUCAUUUUAUCAAAUUAUAAAUGUACCUAAGUAUAUCGAUAAUCAAAAUAAUUAACGAUGGCACGGAUGGCACAUGAACCAUGAACUAAGUAAUAGGCUUUUUUUAUAUGUGAGCGAAGUGUGCGUUUCGUUAUCGGUCUUGUAGGUUUACAGUUCUAUGAUAUAAAACUAUAAGUGUCAUUUACUCCACACCACGUAAUACAGUAUAAAAACACACACCACACACACACAAUUUUUUUUGCCGAAUUUGACCAAAAGUCAUGAUAACAUUUUUUGCUCCUUAUUACCUCAGAAAUGCGUGGUUAAAAUCUGUCGGGUUACUCGAGCCCACGAUGUAUGUAUAGGUAGCUUAUACGGUAAAUUAUCAAGAUGAAGGUAAAAGAUUGAGUGUAAAGGGGUACACCUACACCAGUAAAAAUUGUGAAUCUUUUAAAAUACAAGUUUUAUUGACAAAAUAUAAUGAUGCUUAAAAUAAUCUAAAUGUUAUUAAGUCCUUAUUCCUAUAAACGAGCGUAUUUUGCAAAAUGCCUCCUUUUUCAUUCAACAUUACGACGUAACUAUUAGUAUUUAUCAAAGAUAGAUAUAACUCCGUAAUAGAUGGAUACAGUCUAAGGAAAAACCGUGCCUCGAAAAUCAAGAAAAUUUGAUUUUCGUUCAGAGGGCGCUACUAGUUUUGGCCUACAGUCGUAUAGAUGGCGUUGACGGUUUCGUUUGUUAUUUAACAAUUUUAACGCAUAUCAGUGAAAAAACAUGGGUCAAAAUCAUAAAAAUAAUUAA